GUCACUUAAAAACUUACACAUUUUCAUGAUGUUAAAUCAACCGAAAAACUUUCAAAUAUCAUAUUCGACAAAAUUCUUUUUCUUCUUUCUUUGAAGUUAAGAACAUUCGGCAUUUUUUUAAGAAGCGUUACAUUUCCCUGUUUAAAAACAAAGUAUUAUUCGCUUGUUCCUCAUUGUGGUAACAGCACUUACAGAGGAAACACAAAAAGAAACCGUUUCCUUGUAUCUACAAAACUAAGAAAUCGCGGAUGAGAUAUAGCUAUAUAAAUUGAAUACUAUUUAAUUUAUUCUAUAAUUAUUAGUAAUGGGAUAAGAUUACACUGUUUAAAAAAACCGGUACACGAGAGUUAAAAAUAUAUAUUCAAGAGAAUAAAUAAUGUUAGUUGUUUGUCUGUGGUGUUUAUUAAAAAAAGAUGAUAGGUUGAUACGGAGCCCAACAGAGCCCAUGUUGACGAAAAAAUACAUCAUGUAUAGUUUUAUAUAUUAGGACACAACUAAACGGACAAUAUUACAUCUUUCUUAAAAAAACUUUGUUUGUUUUUUAUUUACUUGUAUAUUUGUUUAUUUGUAUAUUUUAACCUUUUUGUAAUAACAACAGUAAUUUUUUAUAUUUUCUAGAUAACAACAAAAAGUGAUUACAUUGAUUCGACACAUCGACGACUUCUAAUUGUUCACAGGAUUAGCGUGCUCAACAAAACUUAAAAACAAACACUGCUUUUACACAUUAGUUGAAGUCUUGUGGAGACGAAAGACACACUCUCCUGCUACCAUUUCUUAUUAUAACAGUCUAGUUUAAAAGUUGAAAGUGUACAUUGGGAAAAAUUAACAAUUUUUUUGUUAGUGAAAUUUGGUGUUGUAGCAAGCGCUUGGGUAAAAAAGUGACAACUCUAAGUAAUAGUUAUUUUACCUAAACAACAGGAUGCCACGCCCAAGAAAAAGCACAUAUGGAGACGAUAAACCUCCAUACAGUUACGUUGCAUUGUGCGCCAUGGCUAUCCACAGUUCGCCAGUCAAGAUGAUGACUUUAAGUCAAAUAUAUAAAUUUAUCAUGGAUAAUUUCCCAUUCUAUCGAAAAAACAGUACACGCUGGCAAAAUUCUUUACGACAUAAUCUAUCGUUUAAUGAUUGUUUCGUAAAAGUAUCGAAAACCUCGGAGCACGGUGGAAAAGGAAAUUACUGGACAUUGCAUGCUGAUUGCGAGAAGAUGUUUCAAGAUGGUAGCUUUCUGAGAAGAAAACGACGAUUUUUAUCCAAAGAGGACGAAAAGGACUUCGAUAAGAAUGCAUUUGAGGAGAAAAGUUGUAACUGGACACGCGAAACUAAUUCCAGAUUCUUGUUCCCGACAACAUAUUUUCCACAAACAUUGAAACAAAAAGAAACUUUCACGGACAAACCAAACAAUUCUACCUUUCAUAAAAAAGAACUGUCUCCCCCGAAAACAAAAUCAUUCAAUAUUGUUGAUAUUUUAGACAAUAAAUCUGAAGACAUUCCCCCACCUAAAAAAGUUAGUCCGUAUCAACACGUUUCAUUCUCAAAUUUCCCAUGCAAUCAAUAUCACCAAACCAUGCGUUCACCCGUACGAAGUAUCCCAUAUCACACAUACUCUGAAACAUACGAACGAGCACGCAUGAGUAGCUACGAAUGGCAAUCGUCUUACGAACAAAGAAACGCGACUAAAUGCUCAUGUUGUGCUCAUCAAACAAGAAACACACCUGUGCGAUAUAUGAGUAAAAUAUUUGACGAAAGAACACCUGUCCUCCCUCUCGCCCCUGUUGCAAGAUACAGCGAUAGUUAUCGACACGUUGUAACGGCGCACAAAUACACUCCUUAUUGCCCGUGUUAAAAAUGGCUGAAAUUUUGAAAAUAAUCUUUUGUUUUGUAUGUAUAUGGAAUAUGACAAACAAUAAUUUUUUUUUACAAAAAAGUACAUUCGUUCUUAAAAUGAAACAACAUUUUAUCACUUUCUCCUUUGAAAUUGAAACAAAAACAUUGUUUAUCUCGUGAUUUAAAAAACAAAAUUUCACUAUAUCGUCAUUAAGUUCUAUUAUAAGUAUAUAAUAAAAUAUUUUUGUUCGGUUGUAUUCACAAAUAAUUACGUCAUUAUUAAAUCACUUAUUGUAUAAUAGCUGCUAAAUAUAUUUAUUUAUCUCUGUUGUAUAUUAUUUGUGUUUCAGUUUGCAGACAUGCAUCCCUUUGGAGCGAUAAAUAGAUAAAUAAAACAAAAAGCUUUCUGUCGAUUUCUUAUUACGGAGUUUGUACUUCUGAAAUUCACCAGAAGAAUUUGCACAAACUUAAUUUUAACAAGAAUUUUUCA